GGCAGUGCUCCAGUGCCCAGGACGCUGCCUCUAGCUGCUGGGAGCAGGUCAUUUCCCCAGCUCUCAUAUGUCUGGGGAGGAAGUAUUGGGUCCCUCGGGCUCCCCAGGGCCUGGGACAUGCAUGGAGGACGUCCCCUCACUUAAGGAGCUGGAGCAGCUCCUGAACACUGGGCGGCCUUCUUGUAACCACGUUGAUGAAGUGUGGCCUAAUCUCUUCUUGGGAGAUCUAGUAACAGCUCACAACAGAUUUGUUUUGUGGAAGAUGGGUGUUACCCACGUUUUAAAUGCUGCCCACGGCACAGUAUACAGCCACGGAGGCCAGGACUUCUAUGGAGCUACCAUUGAUUAUUAUGGUGUGCCAGCACAUGACCUCCCCAGCUUUGACAUAAGCCAGUUCUUUUUCUCUGCGGCAGAAUUUAUCCACAAAGCCCUGAAUACACCAGGAGCUAAAAUUUUGGUACAUUGCGCAGUUGGAGUAAGCAGGUCAGCAUCUCUAGUUCUAGCAUAUCUCAUGAUAAAUCACCACCUGCCAUUGAUUGAAGCCAUCAAAACAGUGAAGGAGCAUCGAUGGAUUUCACCCAAUCGUGGCUUUCUGAAACACCUGCGAAAUUUGGAUGUUCAGCUACGGCAGAAGAAGGGCUGCUAAAAGGGCAAAACCUUUACAUAUGCUUUUCUGAAUUUCAUUUGAAAACCACUGUGCAUAUACUACUUCCCAGGAUCAGUACAUAUUAAAGAAAAUGAAGAACGCUAUGCAUCAAAGUAAAACAACAAACAAAACCAAACAGAACUGUCAGUGGGUGCAUUCUGGCAGCUGACUUCCUUCAAGACGAGCACUGCAAGAGUGAGGCUCUAAGCACUACCUGCUACAGAGCUGUUGCGCACAGUGUGAUCAUACCAGAGGGCUCCACUGGAGCUAUGAAGGUGGAGUGAAGGUGUUCUUGUUCUGUGCUAAUGCCAGAGGCAAGUUCAAUAAUUGCAUCUAGCAGUACUGUGUGUUUGAGUCCCCUUUUCUCAGGAGUGUAACACCAUCUUCUUCAGUUUGGUUACAGUUUUCAUAAGAAAAGCUUGUUGCAUUGCACGAUUGGUGAUGUGAUAAGGACAAUUUCUUAGGCCCUCGUGCUCUGCUGCAGACACCUUUGUCUUUUGUGGGUCUCUUAAAUAUUAUGCUGCCACAGAGAGCUGUGACAUAUCAGUGGAAUAAACUUCCUCUGCGCAGCUCUCUAUGUGGUCUCAGGGUCAGCAAACCCACAAGUUUUUCUUAUGUAAAUAUGCUGACAGGAAGGUACUAUAUAUGAUGUUGUAUAUUGAGGAUAUUGAAAAAGAAGACAGAUUUUUAAGAUACUUUGUAAGUGUAAACUCAUCAGUUCUGUGUAAGUGGCUUUGAAUCAUUUCUGUUUUGAGCAGGUAGGAAACCUAGGCAUUCAUCAUUACCAGGGAGCUACUGGCAUAUGUUUUCCUGUGUUUGCAAGUUCUUGCCCACAGUAAAUGUAGAUUGCUCUAAGGGCCUUUUGGAUGUCAAAUCCAUGAAAGAAGCUGCUAAGGAGAAAUUUUGGCUUUAAGCUAAUAAAGCACUUACUUUGCACCAUCCCUCUGCUCCUUACCCCUCAAUCUGCAAGCAGGCUGCUGAGCCCCACUCUCAGUGACUGCACCCGUGCCCCAGCAACUUGAACCUGAGCAAAGACAUCGCACCCCAUUGCCUGUCCUCCUGCCUGUACUCAGUUCCUUCCCAAAUUUAAGCUGAAACAUAAGCUGAUCUGACCUCUUCCUUCUCGAAGGAUUAGUCCAGAGCCUGGAAGGAAAAAAGCAUCAAAGAUUCAGGAAGUCCAAGUGUUACUUUCCAUCCACCUCUGAAUAAGGGUGCUGUCUCCUUACUACAGUGUCUUGUCUAUGCUCCAAAUUUGAAAAGUUCAAUUAAAAAUAAGCCUAAAACCCAGACAGUCAGAUCCCCUCCUGCCUAAACACGCUUUAUUUGAUUUAAGUUCAUCUUGUAUUACUGUUUUUUAAAUUCAGCAGGGAACGGAGUUAGCUUAAGUCAAUAGCUAGGCUUAAUUGAUACAAGUUAGUUUAAAGCUGUUUUGAGGCUGUCACUUUUCCUAUCGCCAGUUAAUCAGUUACUUAAGCAACUUGAUUUUUAAUACAGGAACAGCAUUUGCAAUUCAUGCUACCAUUCUACCUGAAAAUUACCUUGUUACCUUGUGGUGAACCGUGAAGCAAUAAUCAAAUCUGUUUUUGCCCUUUGCUACUAGUUUGAUUUAUUGAUUAGCUGCCCUUAUGAACUUUCUCUGCCAGACCAAGUAAAUACAUUUCUGCAUGCUUGUUUGCAUCUGAAGCAUCAGGUCUCAUUAUUUCCCUUCUGCUGGAAGAGGCUUGCAAAGAAUAUUAGAAGGCAUAAGUAAUGGUGACUUGCGGUUUAUAAUUCUUCCUUCCCAAACCCCUAUUACCCUUAAUUCUUGAAGAGGCUGAGACAUGGAUGCUGAUUCUGCCUAGUGGUUAUGGGAAUGCAGAUAUCCCUCUCUAUUUCAAUGCUUUGCAAAAUAAGCAUAAAGAUCCUUUCAGAAGUCUGUUCAACUGUCUGUUCAGAUUUUCCUAAGUCUUGCCAAAGAGCUCCACUGGCAAGAGAAAGAGAAAACUUUGUAAUAUAAAAAAUGAUCAAAUAGAAAAUUGCAUUUAAACCCCACCAGUGCUAGCAUAAUCUUUAUGCCUCACAAAGCAGCAGAGCAGUGGAGGAGGAGCUGAUUUUGCUUUGAAGUUCUCCAUUAGAGUUAAUAAGGAUUUACAUGAGUUAACAUUUCAGUAUAAUUUAUACUUCAUUCACAUUACAGUAGAUUUCAGUCUGGAAGCCUUUUGAAGACAUGGCACUGAAAAGUCUGAAAUUCAUGUGAGUGAAAUAAAGCAUCUUAAUGGCUUUAGGCUGGGCAAAAUUAGACACGUGCGAGAAAGAUUGAUGGAACCUCCCAUCACGAUAAUGCUUUGUGUGCCCCUUAACAUCUGUCCCACAAAGCCACAGCUGUGAAAGCUGUUCCCAUUGCAGAUUAGUACCUGCUCUCUUACGUGCUGUUCAUCCUAUGAGGGCAUUGUUUCACAAGGAGCAGAGUAGUGUUGAGUGGAGCCAAGUCAGUAUGGCAUCCAUGCCACUAAUGAUAUGGCAGUGAUUUUGUACAGCAGGACUGGCAUACCCCAGUGGAUGGAAUAAAUUGCUUAGGAACUCUUUUUCAAGGGCGCUGGCAAGUCACAGAAGUGUUUUAAAUCUGUGAAGGUAGUGUUGCCUAUAUUUCCUGCCUGCCUGCAUUGCUCCUUUAUAUUCUGUGCACCACUGGCUCCCGCUCUGCGCAGGGAAAAGGAUUCCCAUCAACAUAUGCAAAAGUAGUAAAAUUAGUCCCGUAACCUCUUGAAACAGAAAACACUAUCUGCUGUGGCUUGAUAGGAAGAAAAGAGACCUUCUCCCUGGUCCCUUACUCUGUCCAUAGUUGAGGCUGUGAUGGGACGUGACAUUAAUACUUCCCCCUUUUCUACUGUCAGCAGAAAAAAAUGCAUUUUGAAUUUUGGUUUGGAGAGUUAUGCUGAGGAUCCCAAACAAAUGAAAAAUACUGCCUUGCCAGCAACACUUUGUUCGGAAUAUGCACAUGUCAACAGGGGAUGUACGAUGAGGGAAACUGAAGGUGCUGAAACUCCUCAUUGAGGGGGGGGGUCCCAGUCUGGAAGAUGUUUAGAUUCCUGAAUGCAAGAUCAGUGCCUGCUGAACUGACCUGAGCAUGCAGGCUCACCCAGAGGGAUCUCCUUACCCAAGACCCCACAGGUUACUGUCAGUGUUUCAUCCUCUUGAGACAAACAGGCACAUAGACCUUCCUGCCCAGGCUGGCCUUUCCUCAAUAUGGUCAUAUAUAUAUAUACGUUCAGUAUUUUUCUAAAGAAUGCACCUGACAAAAUCCACAGCAAGGUUACCUAGGAUGCUGCAGAAGGUAGAACUUUACGAACAUUAGAGGACUAAUGGGAAAAAUUGUGGAGCAGAAAUUUGCACAGGGUUACCAAAUACACAGAAACUCCAACCAGACGUGGAAACUCAUGAGCUGGAGGCUGGGAGAGCAUUAGAAAGUGGUGUAUCUCACACUUGUGCAGUCUCAUUUUCUGUCUGCAUCAGCUUACAGCCACAGGCAAACACAAGGAGAGUGGAUUCAAUGGGGCUGUGCAGAGGCCGUAACAGCUGCUGCUCUCAUGGCCUUUAUUUUGAACUCGCCUCUAACAAGAGCCGUCCUAUUUCCCAGUAGUUUAUUAUUAGAACUGGGUCACAUGAGACACUGGAGAUUGUGUCUCCACUGCACUGACCAGCAUUUAUUUUGUGGGGAGAACUCUGUGCUGGCAAGCACAGCAGUACUGCUUCUGUGGGAAGUUGUAGGGGUGGUUAUUUUUUGGUAAAACUUUGACUUAAAGCAGAACUUUUAUUUCUGUGGGUGCUCCUGUUCAUAGGGGAGGCAGCACUCAGCCCACUGGGGGACCUGUCAAAGCGCAUGUCACUUUUAGGGACAGCCACCUGUUUGAGACCAUCAAGCAAAGAGCAUGCUCCAGUGUGUGGCUACCGAUGGGCCACUGCCCGGGGAUGGUCAGACAGCCAGCCAGGAAUGCAGCGAGUCCAGCAUUCCUGCAGCCCAAAAACUGCAAGGUGGAAUUAAAGCACGUGGAUGAAGAGCAGCCUGAGCUCUACACAGGCCGUAUGUAAGUGCUAUUUGAGGCUGAAGGGCUAGGGAAUACAGCUCUCAUUAACACAUGCUGUCCAACUAUUUAGUUAGUGUUGUUAAGCUUAGUUGCCUUAAAAUAGCCUAUGAUUAGCAUGGAAGAAAGCAAAGGGACUGCUCAUUAAAGAAAAAAACAAUACACAUUACAAUGAAUUAAAAAGAGAAUAAAAUUCUCUUUAAUAAUUCCCAUAAAUUAAAAAUUAUAGAUUAAAAGAAGAUUUCCUAAAUGCUGCAAUAUAUAACAUGUAGACCUCAAGAACUAAAAAUUAAAAAAUAAUAAUACUAAUGAAUGGUGGGAAGAAAUACAUAGAUAACAACAGUGUGUACAUGUAGUAAGUAAGAGAUGAACUUUCAGCUAACAGGAGUGUAGAGGUUUGCUAAUGCAAUAGCUGAUCUACAACAGGGAAGUUACAAAGAAUCAAAGCCUACAAUCAGCAAAACUGCAAUUUGUUCAUACUAUCAAUGGGCUUUCUUUAUUCUGCCAACAUUUAAGAUGAACAACAUUUCAGAGUUAGGUUUCAUGGCAUCUUCUGGAAGUGUGGAAAAGAGAGAGAGGAUUUGGAUUUAGGGCACAACCCAGUGCUAAGCAAAGUCAACAAG